AUGUUGCGAUUCGUUAUCUUCUCUCUUCUUGUCUCGAGCACUUUGGCUUGUCUUGGAGGCGGUGGUGGAUGCUGUGGAGGCCCACCACCAUGUGGAGGAGGCUGUGGAGCUCCACCACCACCACCACCAGCUCCAUGCGGAGGAGGAUGUGGAGGAGGAGGUUUCCCAUCUGGUGGAGGAUAUGCCGCUCCACCAAUUGCUGGCCCAGCUCCUGGUGGAUACGCUCUUGCCGGU